GUGAUAUUUAAUCUAAAUGAUUGAUUAAUACAUGUAUAUACACAUAUAACUAGUAAUAAAUUAUUCAAAACUUAAGAUGAUACGCUCAUUAAUGAGAAGCCCAGUGUUAAUGUCUAUAUUUCCAUUUCAAAAUGAGAGUGAUCUGUAUGAUAAGCCUGUGAAUACAGUAAUAAAACCAUUUGAUGAUGAAUUAGGUUGGGACAGAGUAAAAAGAAUAUUUUCUUUGGACGAAAAUGGCUUUUAUACAAAGGAAUUACAAUCUAUUAUAAAUAUAACGGUGUCAGGUUUUGGAAUUGGCUUAGCUCUGGGUGGUUUGAAGUCAACCAAAAGUACACUAAAUAAUUUCAUCAUGAAUAACGAAGCAACACGAUUCAUAAGUCAUUUUGAUGCAAAACGCGAUCUUCAACACUCAGUUGUUACAAAUUUUCUCAAAAAGGGUGGACGGUAUGGAACAAAACUUGGAACAUUUUGUUUUAUUUUUAGUUCAAUAACAACAUGUACAUCAGCAUAUCGUGGAAAAAUAGCAAUAGAGAAUUAUAUGUUGGGCGGUGCUGUAACAGGAUUAGGAUUUAAAAUAAACUUGGGAUUUCGAGGGAUGCUUGUUGGCACUGGACUUGGUGGUAUAUUAGGUGGAAUAUGUGGUGGUUUAUCAGUUCUUAUUCUUAAAUUAUCAGGAAUAACCAUGGAUGAAGUAUUAGAAGCACAAAACCAAUGGAUAAGUUCGAGAAAUACAGUACGUGAACAAAUAAAAUUAAAUAUGAAUAAUGAAUUAUCAGAAUUACAAGAGUUAUAUGAAGAAAAUAAAAAACUGCAGAAUAUUGAUGAAGAAAAUAAUAAAAACCAAAACAAAGUGAACCCAUAAUUAUACAAAUAAAUCUUGUACAUAGAA